GUGCCUGGGUUUAUAUGGCAGUUUUCCCUCCAUGCUCCCUCCAAUGUGGUUGGAUCGGGACGCCCAUAAUCCCCAGCCAGCAUUAGUUACCGGUGGGGGGGGAGGAGGUAUUAGAGCUUGGGGUUCAAAUCCAGCUUCAGGGUGCCUGGUUGGGUGAACGCUUGUAAACACUCGGGGCGAGGGAGCGAACUAGCUAGCUGCGGAGGGACUUUCCUUGUUCCCGUUAGUUCUGCGUGGGAGGAGAGUUGUUAAAAUAAGCCACUCGCACACGUGAUUGUUUAAAUCGCUGUUGAAUGAAAAACAGCCUAUCCCGGGAGGCGAACACUUAAACUGCAAAUGUUGCAUAAAACUAAAUAUUCACAGUUCCAUUAUCAUGGGCCUAGUUAAAAAAAUACCUUACAGCAGUACUGUGGUUCUAAUGAAAUUCCUAAGGUUUUUUUCUCUCUAAUGGUUACUCUGGACAGACGUGGGGGCUCUUUUUCUUGACUGAGGUGGGAUCAGUCAUUUGCAUCCCCCCUCCUAUAAGAAUGCCUUACUUUUUGCCUAGCCUGAAGUAAUCAUUCCUAGUUCUUAGAGUCACAAAAAGUAAAGAAAAAUGCUGAUUUUAUUAUUUGUCAAGGGCUUUUUCUACUUCAAGGACAGACCUUGUAUUUGUUUAAACUAGUUUAAGUGCUUGAUAGGGAUAUGAAAUUCCAUUAACCCUUUGCUGAUCAGCUACAUUUUCAGAGCAUUUAUGCCCUUGCUCCUAAGUUUACAUGGAACACCAGACAAAUCUACAAAUCAACAAAGGCAAGAUAGAACUAGCAAUCUAAAAAAGACGUCAUGAAAGAGUAAAGAAAAAUACCUCUCAGUAUCAACGUUGUGUAAUUCCAAUAACUAUUCUUUAUAAGCAGUUGGAAUUACAAUUAGUGUACAUCAGCUAUAAUUCCAGAAACCUGCUAAAAGUCAUUGAUCCGUCUGGAAUGGAAAUGCUUUCUGGAAUAAUUAUAAUUAAGGAAGAUGUUGAUAUCCCAAAUAGACGUGUCCUAAUUACUGGUGCCACUGGACUCCUUGGCAGAGCUGUUUAUAAAGAAUUUAAAGCAAAUCAUUGGCACACUCUUGGCUGUGGUUACAGUAGAGCUCGACCUCUGUUUGAACAAGUUAAUCUUUUAGAUUCUGCUGCUAUUCACAGUGUAAUUCAAGAUUUUCAGCCUCAUGUGAUAAUACAUUGUGCAGCUGAGAGAAGGCCAGAUAUUGUAGACAGUCAACCAGAUGCUGCUGCUCAGCUCAAUGUGACUGCUUCAGGAAUUAUAGCAAAAGAAGCAGCUCAAGUGGAAGCAUUUCUGAUCUACAUUAGUACAGACUAUGUAUUUGAUGGAACAAACCCUCCAUAUAAGGAGAAUGAUGUACCAAAUCCUCUAAAUCUCUAUGGCAGAACCAAACUAGAAGGUGAAAGAGCAGUUUUAAAAAACAAUGAAGGUGCUGCUAUCCUUAGAAUCCCUAUUUUAUAUGGAGAAGUUGAAAAGUUGGAAGAAAGUGCUGUGACAAUUAUGUUUGAUAAGGUGCAAUUCAAUAACAAAUCAGCCAACAUGGACCACUGGCAGGAAAGGUUUCCAACAUAUGUCAAGGAUGUAGCCAUUGUUUGCCGACAGCUAGCUGAGAGGAGAAUGGUGGAUCCAUCCAUUAAGGGAACAUUCCACUGGUCUGGUAAUGAACAGAUGACUAAGUUUGAAAUGGCAUGUGCUAUGGCUGAUGCUUUCAAUCUUCCUAGUAGCCACUUAAGACCAAUUACAGAUAGCCCAGUGCUGGGUGCUCCUCGUCCUAAGAAUGCUCAGCUUGACUGUUCCCGUCUUCUGAUGCUGGGCAUUGGUCAUCAUACUCCGUUUCAAGUUGGGAUCAAGGAAUCACUUUGGCCUUUCCUCACUGACAAGAGAUGGAGACAGACAGUGUUCCACUAGCUUGUAAAUAUUUUAGUCUAAGUAUGGUUAUAUGACGCACUUUUUUAAAAAGGGGAGAAAGAAUAGUUUUGUAUUCAGCAUUCUGUGUUUCAAGUUGAAUCAGGUAAAAAAUAUGGUCUUGCACUAGUGAAAUUGUAAGAAGUGUUGAUAAAAAAAAUUAACCGUUUGAAGCUGUUAAUAUAUGUUUGUUUAUCACUGGCUUAUCAUAAAGAUCUAGUGAUCUACAAUUAUUGCAGUCAUCAGUAACAUGGAAGGAGAAUGUUUCUUCACAUGCAAUUUUUGUGUUUAAAUUGUUGGAUAGAAUCUUUCUUCGCAUUUAUUUUCUUGAUUACUAUAAAUAAACAUGGUAAUGCGGAACUUCAAUGUUUCCAAAUGCAGUUUGAAAUUAAAAUAAAAAAGCAUUGGAGCUGCUUUAGAUAUGAUUUAAAAAUUCUAAUAAAAUAAAACUUUA